AUGCCGACCGCCCACUCCGCGACACAAGGGCAAAAGCUCGUCUACCGUGAUCAGAUCCUCCCGUACCAGCGCCCCGCCUGGCUGACGCGGAUCGAGCGGUUCCGCCACGCCAAGCUGCAGUGGUUCAGCGAAUGCUUUGCAGAAGCUCUGGGCGUUUUCUUUUACUGCUACUGUGGGGGGAGCUCGCAGGCGCUGUUCGUGUUCACCGGCAUCGCGAAGCUGGAGGGACUCUCUUCGCUCUUCCAACUGGGCUGGGGCUAUGCGAUCGGCAUCCUCCUAGCCUUGGUCAUAUGUGGUCCAAUAUCUGGUGGACACAUCAACCCUGCAGUGACGAUUUGCCACAUGCUCUUCCGCAAAUUCCCAAUCAUUCGGGGAAUUCGCUACAUCGUAGCCCAAAUCGUGGGUGGAUACAUCGGUUUCCUCUUCGUCUAUUUGCAGUACAAACACACGAUCCUGGCGAUCGAAGCCACGAUUCCGCCGGACACGAUGAAGAAGAUCCUAUUCACUCCGAGCGGACCUGCGGGCGCCUUCGGAGACUACCUGCAGCCCAACGCGAGUGUCGGGCUCGCAUUCGUGAAUGAAUUCAUGGUUACUUUCAUCAUCGGCAUAGUCCUCUGGGGCGUCGACGAUCCGGCCAGCGUCCAUCUCCCGCCCGCCUUCCAAGCACCCGUCGUUGCGCUCACAUACGCCGUUACCACAUGGGGCUUUGCGGCCAACGGCUUAGCUGCGAAUACCGCGCGUGACCUCGGCGGGCGGUUCUUAGCGUGGACGAUCUGGGGCAGCGCAGCGACUGGCCCGAGCAAAGGCUACGCGGCCAUCUCCGCACUCACGAAUAUCCCUGCGACUAUCCUCGCUUACCUCGUCUACGAAAUCUUCUUCGUCGACUCCGAUCGCGUGAUACCGGAAUUCCGGCGCGAGUAUUACGACCUCAAGACGUUCCAUCGACGCAAGUACGCUGCGGUCUAUGGACAGCCGCCGGAGGCCUCAGACGACAGUGUGUCGGGUGGUGAGAAGCUGAAGGAACUCGUUGGAACCCUUGACCGCGUCUAA